UAUACCUACAUUAAUUCCUUUUGGCAAACAGCAAAUAAGCUAAGAUUCGUUUCCUUAAUGACAAAAUUAGAGAAUAAAAUAUACAAUCAAAAACUAAAGAUUUGGGGAGGAUUCUUCUCCUCUCCUCACCUCUUCCUAUUAUAAAUAAAUAGAGGAUCUUGAAUCACAGAGAGCUGCUACUGCAAUUGCAAAUAGGCAAGAACAGAGAAAAUUUUCAAAAAAAAAAAAUCAUAUUUUUCUAUAGAAUGGCUUUUGCAGACAAAGUUUUAAUUAUCUCAUCUUUGUCCUUCUCUCUGUGUUUCUUAGAGUUGUCUGCUUCAUUCUCUUCACUACGGUAUCAGAAUUCAUAUUCUCAUACCGAUCAAGAAAUACCAGAGGCAGUGCGACUCCAAAUUCAAGAAAAUUAUGUGGUGCUCGAUAAUGGCUUUGUCCAGGUAACGAUAUCAUUGCCGGAAGGAUUCAUCACCGGAAUACAGUACAAUGGCAUCAACAAUUUGCUUGAAGUUCUUAAUGAAGAAAGUGACAGAGGGUACUGGGAUCUCGUAUGGAGUGAUGAAUCAACUACUCGAAAAAAGGGUAACUUUGACAGGAUGGAAGGAACAAAUUUCAAAAUAGUAGUACAGAAUGAGGAUCAGAUAGAACUUUCGUUCACAAGAACAUGGAAUUCCUCUCUUCACGGAAAGCUUGUUCCAUUGAACAUCGAUAAAAGAUAUGUAAUUCUUGGUGGUUCGUCGGGUUUCUACACUUACGCAAUUUAUGAGCACUCGGAGGAAUGGCCUGCUUUCAAUCUUGACAAUACAAGGAUUGCUUUCAAGCCUAGAAAAGACAAGUUUAACUACAUGGCCGUAGCGGACAAUAGACAGAGAUAUAUGCCAUCACCUGAUGAUAGAUUGGUGGGAAGAGGCCAAGCUCUAGCCUAUCCAGAGGCAGUGAUGCUUGUGAAUCCAAUUGAACCAGAAUUUAAGGGAGAGGUAGAUGACAAAUAUGAAUACUCAUGUGAAAGCCGGGACAUCAGAGUUCACGGUUGGAUUUCCACAGACUCGGCCGUUGGCUUUUGGCUAAUCACUCCUAGUAUCGAAUUCAAGUCCGGUGGACCCCUUAAGCAGUAUAAUACAGCCCAUGUGGGCCCAACAAUCCUUUCGGUAUUUCACAGUACUCAUUAUGCGGGAUUAGACAUGACAACAACUUUUGGGCCGCAUGAGCCCUGGAAGAAAGUAUUCGGCCCUGUUUUCGCCUAUUUCAAUUCGGUGCAGGACAAAAGCGAUUCGCUUCCACUUUGGGAGGAUGCUAAAAAACAGAUGAUAAAUGAAGUUCAAAAGUGGCCUUAUGACUUUCCUGGUUCUGAAGAUUUUCCACCGUCGGAUCAACGGGGUCAAGUCCAUGGCAGAUUACUAGUCUUAGAUAGGGAUGUGAGGAAAGGAAACAUACCUGCAAAUGGAGCUUUUGUUGGGCUGGCAUCCCCAGGAGAUACUGGUUCCUGGCAAAUACAAUCCAAGGGUUACCAAUUCUGGAGUAAAACAGAUAAAGAUGGACAAUUUACAAUCAAUAAUAUAAGGACCGGUGAUUACAAUAUCUAUGCAUGGGUUCCUGGAUUUAUUGGAGAUUAUAAGUAUGACAAAGUCAUUACGAUAAGCACAGCAGGAAGUAAUAUUGAUGUUGAUGAUCUUUUAUACGAGCCUCCAAGGAAUGGCUCUACAAUAUGGGAAAUAGGAAUUCCUGAUCGGUCUGCCAAUGAAUUCUAUAUUCCAGAUUCCAAUCCUAAAUAUGUCAACAAGCUUUACCUCAAUCAUGAUAGGUUUCGACAAUAUGGAUUAUGGGAAAGAUACACAGAGUUGUAUCCUGAUAACGAUUUGGUGUUCAAUAUUGGCGCUAGUAAUUAUUCAACAGAUUGGUUUUUUGCACAAGUAACAAGAAAGAAGGAGAAUAACACAUAUGAAGGAACUACAUGGCAAAUAAAGUUCAAGCAAGAAACAGUUGAUCGAACAGCGACAUAUAAACUACGUUUGGCACUUGCAACAGCACAUAAUGUUGAUUUACAGGUUCGGAUUAAUGAUGUAAAUGCAAGUUCUCCUUUAUUUUCAACUGGAAAUAUUGGGAAGGACAAUACAAUAGCGAGACAUGGAAUUCAUGGGCUGUACAGGCUAUUCAAUGUAGAUGUACCAGGAGCUCACCUUGUUGAAGGGAUUAACACAAUCUUUUUGACACAAACAGCCGAUCAAAGCCCUUUCCAAGGGAUUAUGUACGAUUACAUUCGCUUUGAAGGCCCUCCAUCUUCCAACACCAUCAAAUAGAUUUCAUUUAAUUUUCUUUUUCAAAGGAAAUUUAGUGAAAAUUUUACA